AUGACUAUCAGCGCCCAUGUAAGUGGGAACGUCGCUGAGCUAGGGUCCACUCAGAUCAACAACGUUAGCCUGAACACGACAUACACUACCGAUGACCUCAACCGCGCUUGCCUCCACGCUCUACGAUGCCCAAACACGCUAGACGUCAGGAUUAGGCUCAAGGAAAAAGACAAGCUGCUACCCAAAUUGAUUGAAUGGGUUUUUCAGGACGCCCAGUAUGUGCGAUGGCAGAACAGCGAAGAUGUAUCCCUUCUCUAG